AUGCUGCUCACCGAGAGGUCCCCAUGCGCAUAUGUCAAGUUCUCCGGCGAUAUACUCGCCGAUACGUUCGAGAACAUGAUGACCCGCUUCACCGAUGGCUCCGCCCAGCCUUGCACCACGCAGCAAGCAGGAGAACAGUGGGAUGUCAGCGGCAAGCAAGCCAAUGUCGCCGAUCUUAUUGACCCCACACGUGUUGCGUCGAUGCGCACUGCGUCGGACCUCGACAGACCUGCAUCUGAUCAGACAGCCGUAGACAACCUUCUCAAUGGCCAGUAUGCAGGAUACUACGCGACUGUCACGAACAUAUACCUCGUAGGAGUGCAGAUUGUGCAAGGCCUCCUCAACGGCUGGAACGUAGAGGCCCAAUGCCGAGUCUUGCAUGUCGGUACAGGGUCAAUUGCAGCCCACGGGUGCAUUGCGAGGAAAGCAAGCUCUGUCUCACAAUAA